AUGGUAAUUCCUUCGUUUCGUUUGCUAAUGCUAAAUAUUUUCGCUCUUCUCCCUUCUCUUCGACAUUCAUUUGCUACUCUCUUCUUCGACAUCAUUGCUGCUCCCAUCGACAACAUUGUUGCUCCCAUCUUCGACGUCAUUGUUGCUGCUCCCAUCUUCGAAAACCGAACUAGUGAUGACAAUAGUGAUAGCGAUGAAGAUGAAAUGGAACUAAUUGCAAUAGUUAGUGGCUUUAUAUGGAUUUGUAAAGAGCAGUUACGUAUGGAUCAGAGAUGUUUUGAUAAGUUAUGCGAGGUUUUAGUUCCUAGAGGAGACCUAGUUACUACUAGGAAUGUGACCGUAAUAGAAAUUGUUGCGUUUUUUCUACAUACUCUUGCCCAUGAUCUGAAGAAUAGAACUAUUGGUGCCGUGUUCACUCGUUCGGGAGAAACGGUAAGCCGUCAAUUCCAUACCGUGCUCAAAGCUGUGAUGAAAAUAGGCAAGUAUUAUAUCAAGAAAGUAGAUUUCAAUGUGACUUAUUAUGGAGACAACAAGUGGAAGUGGUUUGAGCGGGCACUUGGGGCACUUGAUGGGACACUUAUUAAGAUGACAGUUCCCGUCGAAGAUCGACCUAGAUAUAGAGAUAGGAAAGGAGAUAUUACUACCAAUGUACUAGCUACAUGUGAUCCAAGUCUUCGGUUCAAUUAUGUUUUGCCUGGCUGGGAGGGAUCGGCUUUUGAUCCUCGCAUUUUAGGGGACGCCCUCCAAAGACCUAAUGGUCUCAAAGUUCCUAGGAAUAAAUAUUUUCUUGUUGAUUUGGGAUAUUCUAAUGCACAAGGCUUCUUGGCUCCAUAUAAAGGUACACGUUACCAUUUAAACUUGUGGAGAGGAAGUGCUCCUACAAACUACAAAGAAUUGUUCAACUUGCGUCAUUCAUCCGCAUGUAAUACUAUUGAAAGAGCCUUUAGGUUAUUGAAAAAGAGGUGGGCUAUAUUGAGGAAAAGUAGCUUUUAUGAUAAGCAAACACAAGUAAGAAUCAUAAAUGCAUGCUUUGUUCUCCAUAAUUUUGUUAGAGAAGAAAAUUUGAAUGAGGAGAAUUUGUUAAAUGAGUUGGACGAUGAUUUAUCAAAUGUAGAAGCUUUGGAUACAAUGGAGGAUGAAGGGGAGGAUUUCAUUUCAAUGGCACAAGCCUCACCUCAAUGGAACAACUUAAGAGAUGAAAUGUCACAAAAAAUGUUCCGAGAAUACCAAGCGAAGGGGGGUUACUUGAUUAUGGUAAUAAGCAAUAAAAGAAGCUAUGUGUCUUGGAAUAAGCAGAUGGAUGGCAUUCUUACUCGAGUUUUGUUAGAACAAAUCAACAACAAGGAAAAAGGAGAUGGAGACUUUAAGCCUCAAGCUUACCAAGCUGUUGUUGAUGAGUUAAAGAGAGAGUUAGGCAUUGCACUUAAUGUGGAUCAUGUGAGAAACCGAGCUAAAUGGCUUUCUCCAAAUAACAGUUGUACUCUGAGUUGUUUCCAGUUGCAUAUUCUUGGUAAAAAAAAAAAUGCUGCCCCUUAUUGCAACAAGUGCAUAGAAAAUUGGGAAGAUAUUUGCACUUUAUUUGGUGCGGAUAGAGCCGUCGGGGAUGGUGCAGAAGAACACGAGGAGGCAGCGGAUGCCAUGGAGGGGGAGACGAUCUGUGAACGAACAAGCUCUUCUAAGGAUCCAACUAAUUCAAGCUCUCGCAAGCGGAAAAAGGAUAGUGUAGCUGACGUGCUUGGCAUUUCUAGGAUUCAGACUAUGCGGGCAGUAAAGAAGUUUAUGAAUGGUAAUCCCGACGAGUUUCUGAUGUUGAAAGAACUACCGGAGGAUGAGAAACUCGACUGGAUACUAUUAUGCCUUGACGAGUAG